GUUUUCUCAGUUCAGGCUGCCGGUCCCUGUAUGGCUACAGGCGCAAGGGGUUCCCCCGUACGUCGCCUCUCAGUCUUCCCUUUCAAAAUUGCUUUAACGUUAAAAAUUCAAACCUGCCUGGCUGCUUCUACCCGGCGCGCCCAUCAGUGGCAGCAUGUACUGGAAUAUAGUAUAGCGCGCGACGCGGAGCAGAAACUUUCCCCGGGAUACUGAGCCCAGCGCAGUCACGCACCGAAGAGCAGCCGAAAGGACUCCACACACCGAUUCUCAUAGAUGAGGCAACCUCCAAAUGACGUCGAGAUGGCUUUAGGUGGGACUCUUCUGCCAUCCAUAUCCACGUUCGCCAGCGGACCCACUGUCAAGAGUAAAUCCAUAGGAAGUGCCAAUUUAAGAUGGAAGGAGGAGUUGUCCCAUCUUAAGAAACCCAGUGUGCCAACCGGAAGCAGCUGCUCUGACCCAGACCAUCCCACUGCAACCAGCACAACAAGCCCCAGCAUGUCCAAGAAAGACACAGAGCCGGACUUGGACUUGGACUACGACUUCAUUCUUUCUAACUCCAUUCUGCAGCAGCAGCUGCAGCAGCAGCAGCAGCAGCAGCAGCAGCAGCAGGAGGAGGAGGCCAUGGCAUGCAUCUCUGGUCAGACCCUGUCUCCUUCCCCCAGGUCAUUCUCCUCAUCUUACCCUCUCCCCUCCCCUCAGGGCACUGGCAGUGAGCUCCUCUAUACCAUCCCAGAUAUCAGUGACGUCUCGCCCUCUGGAGGUUUUGUGGCAGAGCUCAUGAGACCUGAGUUGGACCCGGCAUACCUCCACCCCACCAGCCUCCACGGCAAGUUUGUGGUAAAGACCACAAUGGACAUGGGAGAAUACAGCCUAGGCGUGAACGUAAGCAAGGCUUGCGUUACUGCUGUGUCAGACCCAACUCCUUCACGUGCGUCACCGUCCUUUGCAUGCCACAGGAUAAAGCAGGAGAACCCCAGUAACUGCACCAUCUCACAGCCCAUGGACCUACACCAGGCUGGGGUAAACUCCCAGGGCCGAGGGGGCCAGCAGCAGCGCCCAUGUCAGUUAGAGCUACAUUGCUUCCCUGUUGGAGGGAGAUCCAUGACAGGCGGCAGGUUAUCCUCAUCCUCUUCCCUCUCCCCAGACCAUCCUCUGAGCCGGGAUCACCAGGUUCUGGGACACCCCCACUCUCAGAUCCCUCUAGCUCCCCAGGGAUACCACCAUAGCUCCCCGCAGGGCUACACUUCCUACCCUCAGCCAUCCUCUCUGCAGUACCAAGAGCCCCUCAUGAUCUCCAGUGAGGACUGCUUGUCGGAGGAACCAAAGCCUAAACGUGGUAGGCGCUCCUGGCCCAGGAAGAGAGUUGCCACACACACGUGUGACUAUGUUGGCUGUGGGAAAACAUACACAAAGAGCUCCCACCUCAAAGCACAUCACCGCACGCACACAGGGGAGAAGCCUUACCACUGCGACUGGGAGGGCUGCGGUUGGAAGUUUGCACGUUCGGACGAGCUCACACGCCACUACAGGAAACACACCGGCCACCGGCCAUUUCAGUGUCAGAAAUGUGACCGGGCCUUCUCGAGGUCAGACCACCUUGCUCUCCACAUGAAGAGACACUUAUGAGACUUGGCGAUGGAUGAAGGCUCCAGAGGGGAAAAAACAAAAACCUAUGUUAACAAGAACCCUGAACAAACUGAAAUACACUUUUUAGAACCAUAAUUUGCCUUCAAGCCGUUGUCAAGCAACAAGACAAGCUGUGGUGUUCACGGCAAAAACAGCGUUACUCCCUCAAGAGCCUAGAAUUUCUCUCAAUCCCGUCUUUGCACACUGUGCAGGUGACUUGAAAAGACCAGGGUUGUAAACUUUUAUGAAAGGGACCAAACUGGAAUUUGUCUUAUUUAACUGACAAAACUUGGAGGACCAGGUGCCAACAACUUUUAACUGGAAAUGUAUUUUUGUCAGGGAAACCAGGAGCAACAGACAUCUCCAGAGGCCUUACACCAGCAACAUGCCAAUAUAGGCUCGGUUAUCAUCUAUACACUGUUCAAAAUACUGUAUUAGUAAAUACAUCUAUAUUUAUAUACA